AACAAAAACCUGAACACAAGAAUGACUCAAACACUACACACUGAAAAAGAAGAAGAAAAAGAUAUGAGGGGUCUAACAACAUCUUUACAAUCAAAGCAUUGGCAUCCAACAGCCCAAAACAACCUCAAAAAAUCAGAAAGCAACAAUCUUUACAAUUACCCAUUUCAAUUUAAUGUCAACAAUAACAACAACCCUUUAUCAAGAAAAGUAAAACCCAUAUCUUGUUUUGCUUCAGAAAACCCAAAUCAACCAAUCUUGAAAGAAUCAAAGCCACCACUAGUAGUAGUUGGAUCAGCCAAUGCAGACAUAUAUGUAGAAAUUGACAGAUUACCAAAAGAAGGGGAAACAAUCUCAGCCAAAACUGGUCAAACAUUGGCAGGUGGAAAAGGUGCAAAUCAAGCUGUUUGUGGUGGAAAACUUUCAUACCCAACUUUCUUUAUUGGUCAAGUUGGUGAAGAUGCACAUGGGAAGUUGAUUACUGAAGCAUUAGAGAAUGGUGGGGUGUAUUUGGAUUACCUCACUACUGUUUCUAAUGCUCCUACUGGACAUGCUGUGGUAAUGCUUCAGUCUGAUGGGCAGAAUUCAAUUAUUAUUGUUGGUGGUGCUAACAUGUCUUGUUGGCCUGAAAAUUUAUCUGAUGAGGAUUUGGAGAUUGUGAGGAAUGCAGGGAUUGUAUUGCUCCAAAGGGAAAUCCCAGAUUUUGUUAACAUUCAAGUUGCAAAGGCUGCCAGGAAUGCACAUGUUCCAGUUAUUCUAGAUGCUGGUGGCGUGGAUUCUCCAAUCCCUCUAGAGCUUCUUUGUUUUGUCGACAUUUUGAGCCCAAAUGAAACCGAGCUGGCUCGCAUAACAAAAAUGCCAACAGAAAGUUUCGACCAAAUCAGCAAGGCGGUGGAGAAGUGCUAUGAAAUGGGAGUUAACGAAGUUCUUGUUAAGCUUGGGUCCAAUGGAUCUGCUCUUUUCACCAAAGGAGAGGAACCCUUGCGGCAGCCCAUUAUAAAAGCUGCAAAAGUCGUUGAUACAACUGGAGCUGGUGACACUUUUACAUCUGCUUUUGCAGUGGCCUUGGUUGAGGGGAAAUCCAAAAAGGAAUGUUUGAGAUUUGCGGCUGCAGCAGCUUCUCUAUGUGUUCAAGUGAAGGGAGCAAUCCCAAGCAUGCCCGAGAAGAAAGCAGUUUUCAAUCUUCUCCAGUCAGUUUGAAGACUUUGAGUUUCCUUUAUCGAGAUCCUUGUACAUAAAAAUAAGAGUUUCUCAGGUUAAUGAGUUGAAGUUCCGGGCUUUUUAUUUUCACGUACAAGUGAGCAAUUACUAUCUUUGUGUCUCAUUCACUUUUCCGUUUUCAUUUGUUCUUUCCUGUAGUAAACAAUUUACACUUCUCCUUUUUUAAACCGCCAUACUGGUGCAUCUGAGAUGUAAUUCAGGACUACUAUGGAGCACUGAUAACUUUGGGAAGGAGCACUAAUCUGCAUAUUUUGGCUGCUGAUGCGUAAUCUGAUACUGCUUUGAAAUGCUUAUUCUACCUUUUGUAAAAAACAAAAGAAAAGAAAACUUGUGGUGUAGUAUCCUUUUCCAUGAGUAACUUUAGGUAGCCGGUUAGCAUAGCUGUGUCCUCUGUGCCAAGGAACUAACCAAGCAGAGGGCAUAGUGUUUAUUACUUGAGUUUUCAUUACUGAUUGGUGCUGGAAAGAAUGUCAGCUUUGACAAAAUUUGAGUGACGUUUGACUGCUUUUGAGGGUUUAAAUGAGCUUGAUCUUGUUCCUGACUGAUUUUGCUAAUA